AUGCCGCUGUCAAACAUUCGAAUGCUCGCUCACCUCUCGCCUCCCAGCAGGUCAGACAAAGCCUCUUCCUCCGGUGGACCAUCUUCGCCAAGAAGGAAACGAAGUGCCGCUGAUCUUCGCCGAUUCGUCACCACCUUUUUGCCCAGCAUGGGGUCCGGCGCCCAAGUCAACCAUAACCCUCAUCCCUCCUUGAACCUUCUCGUACUACUCCCCUCCGCAGCUCAUUUACAUCAACUGCCUUCACCCCCCAGUCGACCAUCAGGCUUGUUAUCUAGGAAAUCAAGUUCGACCGUACCUUCUUUACAGAGUAUCAGAGCGGGUGAAGCUAUCUCUUCGACAUCGUCCUCACCGGCAUACAAAGGUAGAAAUGGGGAUGAUGCUCAGGGUCCAAGUAGUUCGGUCAUGGCUAGUAGGAGGUUGAGUCUCGCUCCGGGUUUAGGUGCAGGUGCACCAUUGGUAUCCUCAAAUAUGGAUUUGGAUCUGAUUUCACCCACUUCAACACCUAUACCAGGAGGAGCUGGAUCCUCAACAAUGACACCAUCAAGUCCAAUAGAUAAACAUACUGUGCCGCCUCCCUUUGGAUCGAAAUCAAUCACACCACCUGGAUCAGGUUCAGCAGCAUCUUCCACUCAGACUUCACCCAACCCCUCGUCGAUUCCUGCAUUUGGAGCGAGACGAUCGACUGGAACUGGGUCAUCUAGAUUAUCAAGAAGAAGGCCUGUCACAGCUACUACCUCGAGUGGAAUCGCCAGUACCAUCGCCCCCGCGUUGAUGGGCAUACCAGGUGGAAGAGCCAGCUUGGCUGUACCUCCUGGACUAGGUGGUGUGUCCCAUUCGAACAGGACGAGACCCGGUUGGGAGGCGGAUGAGGUGAUUGGUACAUUACGAGGAAGUGGGAUGGAAGUCACCGUCAUACGACACGCUUCUCAUCUUCCAGCUGUACUCGACCCUUCUUCCCACUCAUCCUUCCAAGCACCUCCCAUAGUCCGAUCAAACGACCCUAACGAACCACUGACUCAAGUCGUACUCGUCCCAUUGACCGAUUCACCCGCUUUCCCCUCGCUAUCUCUACUAUUGCAACAAGGUACAACCCCUACCGCAGUGUGCUUCCAGCAAGAUCUGCUGGAUCGAGCCAAAAGGUCAGAAGACGAAUGGCUACCUGGCGCUGUAGAACAGAUCCGAUCGAUAAGCAACAUGCCACACACUCCCAGUCAUCCUUCUUCCACCUCAUCCACCACCGCCGAACCACCAGUCAUAAUCGCAUAUUCCGCCAAUCCUGCGUUGUCCCAAGCUGCCAUCAACGCAUGUAUCAAUGCGGGCGCUGCUGGUGUGAUCAAACCGCCUUAUGAGCUCGACACUGCUGACUUGGUCAUGCGGAUCGUCACCGCAUACCGAGAGGGAAAACCACUAUCUACCAAUCCUUCACCUCCUUUAGGUCGAACGCCUUCCCCUCUCUCCCAAUCACGAUCACCUCUUGGUACACCGCGAAGUGAAGAAACUACCGUGGUCCUCCCUCCUACUGCACUUGAUAUGGGAGCAGAGCAUGAGGGGGAAAGAGUUCUCGGUGCAGCAGUAUCAGGUGGACCGAAUGGACAUCGUAAAUCGUCUAGUGGAAGUUGGAACACUGAACCAGUCAAACGAUCGUCAAUCUCUGGUCCAGGUAGGAAAUCAUCUCUGACUACUAACAAUAGUGGAACACUGUCGCCCCCACCUAUGACAUCAGACACACUCGCUUCCAAGUUAUCUUUCCCACCUCUACCAUUAGACUUCUCUUUACCUCAGCCGUACCCCUAUGCCAUGGAAUGCAAUCCCCGAAGGCGAAGUGUGGAUAUUGGUGGAUUGUCACUAGCAAUCAAACGAGCUUCUUUGGCUUUUGAAGAUACCUCAAAUCCCAUUGGAACUACCCUUUCACAAAUCAAGGAAGGAUAUUCCUUCCCUCCCUCCACACCCACCAAGAAGAAGUCGAGUAACGAACCUGCUCAAGUUGACGAGAGCGAAGGCCAAGGCUCGGAAUUGGCGGAGUUGUUGAGUGCCAUGUUCUGUCAUUCUAUGACUACGAUCGAAGUUCAGAUGAGCGAUUAUGAAGCACUAUCUGCUCCUUUGAAUCAAGAACAUCGAGAAAAGUUGGUCCGCGAGUUGUCAACUUGGAAUUUCAAACCUCACCACUUACCUGAAGGUGACCUGUAUCGAGUAGCAUGUUUGAUGUUCGAGAGCGUUUUGAGUAUAAAGGGACUGAAAGAGAUGGACAUUAGUAGGGACCAAAUCAACCGACUUCUCUUUGCGAUUCGAGCGAUUUAUCACGCUCCCAACCCAUAUCACAACUAUGUCCAUGCCAUCGAUGUCCUCCAGGCUACAUACAUGUUCCUCGCUCAAAUCGGUGUUGCACCUCCUUUCUCUUAUAUGCGCGAUUGGACACCGGAGAAACCCGCUUGGCAACGUUCAGACCCAUCUGACCGGGAGAUAAGCGUAGGGACGAGGAGAGCUAGAGAAGUCAUGAGACCCCAGGAUGUGUUGGGUGUGCUGGUAGCUGCGAUGGGACAUGAUGUUGGACAUCCAGGGUUGAGUAACGCUUUUAUGAAAAACGCAAAGGUUCCCUUAUCCCAAGUAUACGAUGACAAGUCGGUUCUCGAAAACAUGCACUGCAUGCUGAUCGUUCAACUACUUCGAAAACAUGGAUUCGGGUUCCUCAUUGAAGGUGCACCUAAUUCUCCAACUCAGACGAUCGAUCAAAAGGGAUUCCGAAGGGUAUUGUACUCUACUGUUUUAGCUACCGAUAUGAGUCUACAUUUCGCUUGGAUACAGCGAUUGAAGGAUUUCGAUGAGGGUUUGAGGGAAGGGGAAAUAGGGGAAGAUGAAUAUGAUAGAGUUAUGAUUUGUCAAGCUCUAAUCAAAUGUGCAGAUAUCAGCAAUCCAACUCGACCAAUCGACGUAUCUCAACAUUGGUCAUCCGUCUUACUUGAAGAGUGGGCCAAACAAGCUUCUUUAGAAUCCGAUUUGGAAUUACCGGUCUCAGUGGUAGCCUCGGCCGAUGCGGCAUUACAAGCUAAAGGUCAAAUUGGAUUCAUCGAUUUGUUCACUUUACCGCUAUUCGAAGCUGUAUCAGAAGCUUUACCUGAACUUCAAGUUUAUGCUGAUUCAUGUGCGGAUAACCGGGAUAUUUGGCAAAGAAGACUAGAUACACUUACUGCUCCUCCUCCAGAGGAUCAGGUGGAUGUCCAAGUGGAAGAACAGAUGAUCCAACCUUUGGUCGAAGGUGCAUCUCACGAUGAAAGGUUCAGAACUCUUUUCCCGUUGUUAUUACCUACGACGUUAAUUGCGGGAUUAGAUGAAUGGGCUUCUUCAACAACCACAACCACGACGGAUCUCACUCCACCUACGCCUACUUCUUUGAAUACCGAGAAAGACUCGCAACAUCCCCAAUCGCCCGCCGCCAAGACUAUUAGAUCGGUGUACAAGGCGAAAUUGGCUGCACAAGCUCCCAGAGGAAGAGUUACAUCUAGUUCUUGGGCUAGAAGUUUGACAGAGUGGAACGAAGGUAGAAGGAUGUCGACACCUGAAGUGGUUGUUUCAAGGGAUCAAUUCUCCUCAUGA